GCGCCGUGCGGCUUCGUGCGCCUGCGCACCAUACUCGCACUUUUCCCAUGCGGCUUCGUGCGCCUGCGCACCAUACUCGCACUUUUCCCGGCGUCGCUUAUGCCUUUGGGCCCUGCGGAGCGGUGUUCUGAGAGGGCUUGUGAGCAUGCUGAGGCCUGAGAUCCCACCAACUUCGCCUUCUGUCCCUGCGGUUUCCCCUUCCUCGGUAGAGGCUCGGUCCCAGGGUCCCCGCUACAAUUUCGGACUCCAGGAGACUCCUCAGAGAUGUCCUUCAGCCCAGGCCGCCUCUUCGUCCUCCCCUCCAGGCACGUCUGGAGCGGCGGGCGACCGGAGCGGCAGCAGCAGCCUCCCUCGGCACCCGCCCAGCGCGCGGCCAGCUCAAGGCAAGGAGCGGUUGUGUGAAUUCCCGGAGGCUCAGGGAGCUGUGGUUGGUGGUUACCACAGAGAAGUUACCAGUUGGGGUUUGUUUGGAACAUGAGAAUGGGAUGCUCCGGGAAUUUAGUGUUUCUGAGUGGCUAAAGGGCUGGACUCUUCAAAUUAGUUUCAUUACUAGGCUGUGAUGGCGGGUGGCUCGGUUCUGAGGCGGGUUGCAUUAACAUCCGGUGUGAUGUCCCAGCUCUCUGCCCCUAAUGACAGAUGCCUGAAUUUGUGCAUGAGUUUGGUGAUAGAAAUGGUGAACUUCUCGGCUCCUGAGCUUAACUCACCAAGUCCUUCUAGGAUGCCGUGAAACAGACCAGAUUUAACAUUUUAUCUAAUUGAGGUGAAUGAUAUGUUUAGUCUGAAAAAUGUCUUUCAAGGAGAGUUCAACUCGUUUAUUUUAUAUUCAGUCACUCUCCAUGGCAAAACCAUCACCUUUUUUUCCAGACAGCAUUGCAAGUCAAUGAUAAGGUAACAAAUGCCAAAUUCAGUGGUCACUUUUCAGUUCAUCUUGUGUGACCUUUCCACUGUGUUUAAUGUUCUUGACCGGUCUUCUCUUAAACCGUCUUAAUUUGCUUUCGUUGAUUCCACUCCCCUGUUUUUCUCCUGCCUUCCAGAGAACUAUGCUUACCUUUGUUAGUUCCCGAAUUAUUGGUUUGUUCUUGGAGGUUUUUUCCUAGGCCACUUCUGUCUGGAUGUGACUAUCACCACAGCCCAGAUCUCAUCUAUGCUCCAGAUUCCUAUUUCAGACUGUUCUGAAGUUUCUGGUGAGGAACCAGUGGAAAUCCUCAGACUCACUAUAUGAUUAAUUUAAUUCAUCUCUCUGCAGCUCCUCAACCUGUUUCUCUUACUUAUCUCAGUCAUUGGGUUUUCUAAAUCUUAAACCUAGGAGACCAAUAAUUCGAGUAUUCCCUCACUCAUAACAUCCAAAUAGUUAAAUUCUAUCUAACUUUAUCUUUUAAAUAAUUAUGUACUUUUCUAUCUCUGUGCCAUUACAGGCCCUUAUGAUUUUAUGUCGGACUUAUUGCCUCAUACUCCUAAGUAUUCUUUCUUUCAAGUUUACUUACAGUGUCGCUAGAGUUAUAUCGAAAAUGAAAAUCUUUUUUUAACUGUCUCUUUUUUAAAAUUAAUUAAUUUAUUUUUGGCUGCAUUGGGUCUUCGUUGCUGCGCGCCAGAUUUUCUCUAGUUGUGGCGAGCAGGGGCUACUCUUCGUUGAGGUGUGCAGGCUUCUCAUUGCAGUGGCUUCUCUUGUGGAGCACAGGCUCUAGGCAUACAAGCUUCAGUAGUUGCAGUACGCGGGCUCAGUAGUUGCGGCUCAUGGGCUCUAGAGCACAGGCUCAGUAGUUGUGGUACACGGGCUUAGUUGUUCCGCGGCAUGUGAGAUCUUCCCGGACCAGGGCUUGAAACUGUGUCCCCUGCCUUGGCAGGUGGAUCCUUAACCACUGCACCACCAGGGAGGUCCCGGAAAAUGAAAAUCUUAUGUCCCUUGGCACUUCAGUCCGUGACUCUGUAUUUGCAGUUAAAAAAAUCAUACUUUUUUUUUUUAAUCAUAUUCUUUAUCAGGACAUCCAAGGCCAUUUGGAAUCUGUUUUCAAUUUUUGCAGUCUUAUCUCUUACCAUUUCUUAAUAAUUACCCUACUUUCUAACCUAACUGACCUACUUGCAGUUCCUCCAAGGCAACAUACAUGUUUACGUUGUCAGUAUAAUCCCCCCUUCCUGAAAUGCUUUUUCAACAGUAAUAACAUGCACUAAUUAACGAGCACUACUCUGUUCUAGCUUCUUACUUGGCAUUUUGUAUCUCUGAUCCUAACAAUAAUUCUGCAAGGUAGAUUUUUCUUUUGUCCCAAUUUUACAGAGGGAGUUUGCCACCCCAUGGUUUAUAGUGUUGGAGAGGAGUUAGGGCUGUAUAUGAAGGUUUGAGAAUUGUCAGGAAAUGAUAUUAAUAGAAACCAAAAUAAUAGAUGAGAUGCCCAGAGAAAAUGUAUAAUUUUGAUUUUGAGAGAAAGUGAAAAAGUAUGGAACCUUGGGAAGCCAACAGUCAAGAGUCAGACAGAGGGAAAAAGGACCUGGCAAAGGAAACUAAAAAGAAGUGGUUUAAGGAGAAUCAAGAUAGAGAGUUGUCAUGGAAAUCAAGGGGAAGAGGAGAAAAGAGACCCAAUAUAUACUUUUAAGAACUUCUGCGUGUGCCCACAACAUUGUAAAUCAACUAUACUUCAAGUAAAAAACAAACAAAAAAAACUCCUAUGUGCCAAGACACUAUGCUAGGCUGUUUAUGUACAUUCCUUCAUAUUUUAUGACAACCCUAUAAAAUAGGUAAUGUCUUAUAUCAGCAGGUAAGUAACUAAACAAGGAACUGAAUCGAAGUGAGCCUAAAACUACACCAGUUACCUGGGAGGAGACAGUUUCAAUGAAGAGGUCAACAGAGGAAAAGAUGUGUUAUAAUUACUAUACAAAGAAAAUAUAUCUGGUAUAUUUGAAGAUUAGAAGGUAGUUUGUGAUUUUAGCAAGAAUAGUCUCAGUCAACUUGUAUAAGAAAAAGACAUAUUAGCAAGCACUUUUCAUUAUACUUUAGUACAAGAUUAUUUAUCAGUAAUGUUAAACUUGUCAUAAUUUGUUACACUAAAAAAUCAUUAUCAGAUGAAGUUUUAUAGAGAUUAUAAGAAUUAGUACAACAUUGCAUAAUUUGGAAUCUUUAAGAACUGAUAUUUAAUUUUUUUUGAAUUUAGAUUCAUACUUUACAAACAAAAGAUCUUAUGCAGAAAACACACUUGCAUCACAUUUUACUCUCGGUACAAGCUCAUCCUCUGCACGAGAUAGUAAUUAUCCUCAAAUACUAAAAACUCCAUUAUCUGCUGGAAAUCCCCAGAGACCAGGUUAUAAAAGUUGGACACUGCAAAUGGAAUAUUCAGCUACAUCCUCAUCUGCAGUUUCUGCACACUCUCCAUCAGUUAUUGUAGCUGUUGUAGAAGGGAGAGGACUUGCCAGAGGUGAAAUAGGAAUGGCAAGUAUUGAUUUAAAAAGCCCACAAAUUAUAUUAUCUCAGUUUGCAGACAACACAACAUAUGCAAAGGUGAUCACUAAACUCAAAAUUUUAUCACCUUUGGAAAUAAUAAUGUCAAAUACUGCUUGUGUUGUGGGGAAUUCAACCAAGUUGUUUACUCUCAUCACAGAAAAUUUCAAGAACGUUAAUUUCACUACUAUCCAAAGGAAAUACUUCAAUGAAACAAAAGGAUUAGAGUACAUUGAACAAUUAUGCAUAACAGAAUUCAGCACUGUCCUAAUGGAGGUUCAAUCCAAGUAUUACUGCCUUGCAGCUGUUGCAGCUUUAUUAAAAUAUGUUGAAUUUAUUCAAAAUUCAGUUUAUGCACCAAAAUCGCUGAAGAUUUGUUUCCAGGGUAGUGAACAGACAGCUAUGAUAGAUUCAUCAUCAACCCAAAACCUUGAAUUAAUAAUUAAUAAUCAAGACUCUAGGAGCAGUCACACACUCUUUGGUGUUCUAAAUUACACUAAGACUCCUGGAGGAAGUAGAAGACUUCGUUCUAAUAUAUUAGAACCUCUAAUUGAUGUUGAAACCAUUAACAUGAGGUUAGAUUGUGUUCAAGAACUGCUUCAAGAUGAGGAACUCUUUUUUGGACUUCAGUCAGUUUUAGCAAGAUUUCUUGAUACAGAGCAGCUUCUUUCUGUUUUAGUCCAAAUUCCAAAGCAAGACACGAUUACUGCAGCUGAAUCAAAGAUAACAAAUUUAAUAUACCUAAAACAUACCUUGGAACUCGUGGAUCCUUUAAAGAUUACUCUGAAGAACUGUAACACACCUUUAUUAAGAGCUUACUAUGGUUCCUUGGAAGAUAAGAGGUUUGUAAUCAUACUUGACAAGAUUAAAACAGUAAUUAAUGAUGAUGCAAGAUACAUGAAAGGAUGCCUGAACAUGAGGACUCAGAAGUGCUAUGCAGUGAGGUCUAACAUAAAUGAAUUUCUUGACAUAGCCAGAAGAACAUAUACAGAGAUUGUAGAUGACAUAGCAGGAAUGAUAUCGCAGCUUGCAGAAAAAUAUAGUCUUCCUUUAAGGACAAGUUUUAGCUCUGCUCGAGGAUUUUUCAUUCAGAUGACUACAGACUGUACAGCCCUACCCAAUGAUCAGCUUCCUUCAGAGUUUAUUAAGCAGAUUUCUAAAGUGAAAAAUUCUUACAGCUUUACAUCAGCAGAUUUAAUUAAAAUGAAUGAAAGAUGCCAAGAGUCUUUGAGAGAAAUCUAUCACAUGACUUACAUGAUAGUGUGCAAACUGCUUAGUGAGAUUUAUGAACAUAUUCAUUGCUUACAUAAACUGUCUGACACUGUGUCAAUGCUGGAUAUGCUACUGUCAUUUGCUCAUGCCUGCACUCUUUCUGACUAUGUUCGGCCAGAGUUUACUGAUACUUUAGCAAUCAAACAUGGAUGGCACCCCAUACUUGAAAAAAUAUCUGUGGAAAAACCUGUUGCCAACAAUACCUAUAUUACAGAAGGGAGUAAUUUUUUUAUCAUAACUGGACCAAAUAUGAGUGGGAAAUCCACAUAUUUGAAACAGAUUGCUCUUUGUCAGAUUAUGGCCCAGAUUGGAUCAUAUGUUCCAGCAGAAUAUGCUUCCUUUAGAAUUGCUGAACAGAUUUUUACAAGAAUAAGUACUGAUGAUGAUAUUGAAACAAAUUCAUCAACAUUUAUGAAGGAAAUGAAAGAGAUAGCAUAUAUUCUACAUAAUGCUAAUGACAAAUCACUCAUAUUAAUUGAUGAACUUGGCAGAGGUACUAAUACAGAAGAAGGUAUUGGCAUUUGUUACGCUGUUUGUGAAUAUCUGCUGAGCUUAAAGGCAUUUACACUGUUCGCUACACAUUUCCUGGAACUAUGCCAUAUAGAUGUUCUAUAUCCUAAUGUAGAAAACGUGCAUUUUGAAGUUCAACAUGUAGAGAACACCUCAAGAAAUAAAGAAGCAAUCUUGUACACCUACAAACUUUCUAAGGGACUUACAGAAGAAAAAAAUUAUGGAUUAAAAGCUGCAGAGGUGUCGUCACUCCCACCAUCAAUUGUCUUGGAUGCCAAAGAAAUCACAAGUCAAAUAACCAGACAAAUUUUGCAAAGCCAAAGGAGUACCCCUGAGAUGGAAAGACAGAGAGCUGUGUACCAUCUAGCUACUAGGCUCGUUCAAACUGCUCGAAACUCUCAGUUGGAUCCAGACAGUUUACGAACAUAUUUAAGUAAUCUCAAAAAGAAGUAUGAAGCAGAUUUUCCCAGGGCUAAACAAGUUUCAGGAAACACUGAAGAAUAAUAACAACUCACAUCUUAUACUAAUGAAAUAAUAUGUCUUAAUAUGAGGAACCUAGAAUUCAUUUUUCCCAAGAGCAAAAGAAAGUAAUAUUUGCUAAAUUUUGUAUUUUAAUUGAAAAUUACAUUAUAUUAACCUUAGAAUUAUCAUCUAUAUGUUCUAUAUAAGAAAAUACUUGUUAUGUAACUUAAAAAAUGAGAACUAUUUAAAGAACUGAUUUUUAUGUUAGAAAAAAGUGUAACGUGAUGCUUUUUUCUCAUUUAUGAAACUUCAUGUUAAGUUUAUUUAUAUUUACAAGUUAUGGUUUAAAAUGUUAUCAUAAAUAGUUUAGCUAAAAGAAAUCUUUGCAGGUCUGAAAACUUAGGCGAGGUUUUCUUUUACACUGUUAUUCAGAAGGAAUAUUUCUUUUACAUUCUUAUUAUGACUCAAUGAUGUCUUAAUUAAUACCCCCAAAUUCCAACACUGGAUGCUUCUGAAGUUUGUUAGAAUGAUACCGAGAAUUUUAAAGUAUUCUUUUUGGCAUUCAGUAUAGUUCUAAAAGGUGAAAUUCAGCAAAUAGAUAUUUUGUAAUGCAGAGAGUGUUUCUGCGAGGAGUAGUUACCAAAUAGCUAGGUGUUCCAUUUUCUACUCACCAACUUCUUCUCUUUCCCCUUUUCCAAAUUUUCUUUUUUUUUUUUUUUUUUUGUAUUACGCGGGCCUCUCACUGUUGUGGCCUCUCCCAUUGCGGAGCACAGGCUGCGGACGCGCAGGCUCAGCGGCCAUGGCUCACGGGCCCAGCCGCUCCGCGGCAUGUG